CCCUGAUAACUCAAUCCCGUCGCCUAUCAGGGACUCACCAGGGGACUUACAGUUCCCCAGUUUCCAGUUCUCGAGUGAUGAUUUUGACCGAAUCAAACCAAGACAUCGGAACCUGGCGCACGCCUCGACGGCCUGGUUACACGACGCCGUUUGAAUUCGCAGUGGUCUCCAACUCGUAACUUGCCGCAAGGGAAAACACCCCCGAGACCCAAACGGUUUCAAGCAAGAUCAGCGCCGCUUCGCCAAUCAUUGCCAUUUGGCCCCUGGGAACGGGACGGCUAUUGUUGGACUCAACCACGCCGUUGUUGGGUUGCAUAUGCUGAUGACAUCAUGGCUCGAUGAAUUCUGAUAACCAGCACCACGCGCACAGCAUCCAUCAGUCUUGUUUGUAUGUAGAGUAUAGGCUGUACUUGGACGAGACAUGAAACCAAGCUCUGAGCCUGGGAGAUAGCGACCAUGCACACCACGAGCGUGGGUCUGGCCGUGACGCCGACCAUCUUGUCCACUCUUUUUUCACAUUAUCUCAACCGGAAACCACGCGCCCACAAGCCCACCGCGCAUCUGUCCUAUGACGAGGGCCUCCAUCUCAUCCGCUCAUUUCUGGUCCAUGCCUCGCAUCACACCGUCGAGGAACUGCAAGCCUUCACAAGCCAGUGGGUGCCACAUCCCCAAUGGGUACGGGUCGGCCCUGUCGAGAUUCCAGAGAAGGACCUUCUGCAGGCAGCCGACCUCCUCAUCGAGCAGCUGGGCCUGGACGGUAUCCGCCAGGUCGGCGGCACGCGGUGGUGGCAAUGGCGCAAGCCGAAGAGCCCGCUCAAGGCCGAGUGGAUUGAGAUGAAAGUCGACUACCAGGAGCGCAAGAAGAACGCCGAAUUGGGCAAUCGCGUCAUGCUCUAUGUUCACGGCGGCGCAUACUACUUUGGCAGCGUCGAUGAGCACCGAUACCAGAUCCAACGCCAUGCGCGGAAGCUCAAGGCGAGGGCGCUGGCACCCAGAUACCGUCUCGCACCUCAGUUUCCGUUUCCCUGCGGCCUCCAGGACUGUUUGGCUACGUACCUCUAUCUCAUUUCACAGCAGAAGCCGAGCACCAUUAUUUUGGCUGGCGAUUCUGCGGGCGCCGGCAUGGUGCUCAGCAUGAUGGUCGUUCUGCGAGACAGAGGCAUUCCCCUGCCCGCAGGUGCUGUGCUCAUCAGUCCCUGGGUUGACCUGACGCACUCAUUCCCAAGUGUUGCUGGGGAUUGCCCGCUAGAUUACAUCCCCCCAUCCGGCUUCCACCACAAGCCGUCGGAAGCAUGGCCACCACCCGACGAGGAGGAACUCGAGGAACUUAAGAAAGCAGCCAUAGCUCAAAAGAAGGAGAUGCAUGAGCGACAUGACAAUCCGGCCGAGCAGAGCGGCAUCCCUACGGUCAAGGACGUCGCAGAGACUACACACCGCUUGACGUUUCUUAUUGACGGCAAGCACGUUGAGGUGAAGGAGCAAAUACAAAUGUACACGACGAACGAGCUCCUGGCUCACCCCUUGGUCAGCCCUGUCAUGCAACCUACGCUAGGUGGUCUGCCUCCCCUACUCAUCAUGGUCGGGGGUGGCGAGUUGUUGCGCGACGAGCAGAUCUAUCUUGCACAUAAAUGCGCCAACCCAGCCGAGUACCUGCCGCCAGAGGCGCUGAUGGACCAGAAGGCGAGGGCUCUAGUCGAUCGCUAUAAGCCGACCGAUGUCCAGCUGCAGGUUUGGGAGGAUCUGUGCCACGUUGCGCCUACCCUGAGUUUUACCAAGCCGGCGAAGUUCAUGUACAGGAGCGUUGCACAGUUCUCGGCAUGGGCACUGGGAAGAGCGCAGAAAGCCGAUGUCGAUAUCCUCAACGACGAUCAAAUAUCGGUCGUUUCUGACUCGUCUUCCUCGGCCUCUCAUUCCUCAAGCGACGACGAAGAAGAAACUCCAACAGACCAGCCACCGAAGCAUCAUCACCACCACGCCUCAGUUGGCAGAGCGGGCGAUCCCCUUCCCCCGUUCGCAAACCACAUGAUCCGCCAGCGCGUGACCCGGCACGGCGCAAUUCACCCACUCCCUCCCGCGCCUUCUCUCACGGGGUGCUGCAUGCCUCGCGACCUCGUCGGCGUCGUCAAGGUCGGUACCGUGCGCAAGUGGCUCGAGCACAAGCGGCGCUGGGACACGCGCUUCAAGCAGACCAAGGCCAGGGUCCACCAAAGGCGCCUGCGUGACGUGGCGGUCGGGUACGAGGUGUUUGGCGAGGGCGAGGUGCCGCCGCCGAGCGCGCUUGCGGGGAGGAGAAAGCUGGGUGUGGGUGAAUCGCAGAAGAAGCAGAAGAAGAAGAAGAAGAAGGCAAAGGGGUUGGGGCUUUCGCUUUGGGCGUUGUGGGGGUCGAAGCAUGAUCAGAUGACGGUUCGGAGGGAGAGAGACGCAGGGAAGGGGGCUGAGGUGGCGGCUGCCGGCCCCGAGCAGGGCCAGGGGGCGAGGAGUUUCGAGGAUUUGGAGACGCAGAGGCGCGAGGGCGGUGUGCCGUCGGCCGUGACGGGAACAAGCAAGAAUAAGGCUUGGAGGUUUAUGGUUGGCGAGACUCAAGCGGAGAGUGGCGACGCUGUUGCUGCUCCGUCUUCUGCGGGUGGGGUUGGAAGCCUUGAUCUCCGACCUGCUGGCCCUCUCUUCAACGGUAGCAAAGGAGAACAUGGAGAAGAUGUAGCUGGGGCGUCGCACAUCAACGCAGGCUUUCUCCCCCCCGACGACAACGAGACGGGCGUGACGGGGAAGCGAGUCUUCAUCGGCGGCCUGGCGACGCCCUUCAGCCUGCGCAAGGAGCACGAGACGGCGAGCAUGAUCACGCUUGCUUCGCCGAUGGACCGCGGCUCGAUCAGGCCGUCGACGGCUGACUCGGGCAGCAUUGUGGCGGCAUCGUCGGUGAAGGAAGUCUCUGCGGAUGCGGGGAGGAUAGGCUCGGAUGAAGUGCAGGGGGACAUGAGUUGUCAUUAUGGCAGCGCUGUGAAUGCAACGUCUGGGCUUGAGACGCCUUUUGUGACACCGUUCUUGGCGCCUGCCUCGCCUACCUCACCGGGUGAGAGGCCUGGUCUGGAGAGGUUUGUGACCGCUGACGAGAGGCUUCUGAACUGACGGCGCUGCUUGAGGAGGCAGUAGGAGGUGGGUUUUGUUGAUACCCUUGUCUCAUGUAUAGAUCGUUGGCGUCGACGCAGUUACAGCUCACACAGGAGCUGUUCUAAUAUCAUGGUUAGCUGUUAGUGAGUUGAACAGAAUCUU